UCAAGAGGAACUUUUCAAUAAAGCAAAAGCAAUAAAUAGAAACAAUGGUCCCAUCAAUUACAUUGUGAAGAAAACUAUCUUCAAUUGCUUAUCAGUCCAGAAAACUAGACAGAGCUGCCAUGACCAAUAUAUCAAGUUUACGCAUCCCGCCAAUAAUCUGUUUGAUAGCCAUGUUGCUUCUUCUACCCAUGCCUUCGUGUUCUGCUGAUCCUGAUUCGUUACAGGACUUCUGCGUUGCAGACUUGAAAGCUUCUCCUUCUGUUGGUGGCUUUCCCUGCAAACCUGCCUCGGAAGUGAGUUCAGAUGACUUCUUUUUCGAUGGGUUGAGCAAAGAGGGGAACACAAGUAACGUUUUUGGUGCGACUGUGACGGCUGGAAAUGUUCUCGCAUUUCCUGGCCUUAAUACUCUUGGAAUAUCAAUGAAUCGAGUCGACUAUGCGCCUGGAGGAAUCAACCCGCCCCACUCACACCCUCGAUCAACAGAGUCCGGGGUGAUCAUCGAGGGUAAAGUCCUCGUAGGGUUUGUGACAACUGGGAAUGUGUUUCACUCUAAAGUUUUGACUGCUGGGCAGAUGUUUGUGAUUCCUAAGGGACUCGUGCACUUUCAGAUGAACGUCGGAGAAGGGAAGGCCCUGGCGUUUACGGCUUUCAACAGUCAGUUACCUGGGUCUAAUGUUCUUCCUACGACUCUCUUUGCUUCAACACCUUCAAUUCCAAAUGAUGUUUUGACUAAAGCUUUUCAAGUGGAAGAAGAGGUUAUCAAUGGCAUAAAAACCAAGUUUGGUUCUUAAAACUUGGUUUUUAAAUGGCAAAAAUGUAAUUUGCUGCAGCUGUUAUUGUAUAAAUAUUAAUAAUACAGGAAAGAGGAGGUUCUCUGGUAAACUUCUAAAAUCAAAUGUAUGAUUGCAAUUUUCAACUA